UUAGAGCACAGGAACUGAGCUUUCGCCAACGCUAGUAGCUGGGUCGGAAACGAGGUGUCUGCGGUCCGUCUAGGAUUUGGACGGUUUUUCAGCGUUCGUGUCCCUCACUCGCCACCUUCCCUCCUUUGGGUCCCACGAUGCCGAUGUACCAGGUAAAGCCCUACCACGAGGGCAGUGCAUCUCUCCGUGUAGAACUUCCCACCUGCAUGUACCGGCUGCCCAACGUGCACUGCAGGACCGACAACCCAGCGCCAGCCACCGGCCACGUGCAGGAAGCGGCUGACCCAUCGCUUCAGGCUCUCGAGUCCCGCCAGGACGAUAUUUUGAAGCGUCUGUACGAGCUGAAAGCUGCGGUUGAUGGUCUGUCCAAGAUGAUUCAGACGCCAGACGCGGACUUGGAUGUGACCAACAUAAUCCAAGCCGAGGAGCCCGCCGCCUUAGCCACCAGCGCGUUCGACCUGAAUUCUGUGCUUGGAAAGGACUACGGGGCCCUGAAGGACAUCGUGAUCAACGCCAACCCCGCCUCGCCCCCCCUGUCCCUGCUCGUGCUGCACCGGCUGCUGUGUGACCACUACAGGGUGCUGUCCGCGGUCCACACGCACUCGGCGGUCCAGCGCGUGCCGCCGCACCUUCUCAAGUGCUUCGGCGAGCAGAAGCAGCAGCCCCGGCACGAGUACCAGCUGGGCUUCACUCUGAUCUGGAAGGACGUGCCCAAGACGCAGAUGAAGUUCAGUGUCCAGACCAUGUGUCCCAUCGAAGGCGAAGGCAACAUCGCCCGCUUCCUGUUCUCGCUCUUUGGCCGGAAGCAGGACGCCGUGAGCCUGACCCUCAUGGACAGCUGGGUGGACACAGCCGUCUUUCAGCUCAAAGAGGGAAGCAGUAAAGAAAAGGCCGCCGUGUUCCGCUCCAUGAACUCUGCUCUCGGGAAGAGCCCCUGGCUCGUUGGGAACGAACUCACGGUGGCCGACGUGGUGCUGUGGUCCGCGCUCCGGCAGACGGGGGCCUGCGGCGCGGUGGUGCCGGCCAGCGUGCAGAAGUGGAUGGGGGCCUGCGAAAACCUGGCCCCUUUCCACACGGCCCUCCAGCUCCUUCGGUGAGCCUCGGUCACUGCCGUCGAGGAUGGUGCUCUCUGGUGCCUGUGACUGAUAAAGGGACGUGUGCUCCACGUCCUUAGGCCACCUGUCACGUAUCAAUAAAAGCAUCCUAUAGUCAC